UCACACACAUAGGCCACCACCACUACAUAUUCUCUGGGCAGCUUUUGGUCUCCCCUCUUCAGCAGCCCUUUAUAGGGGAUUGAAUUUGUCUUCUGGUCUUAGGAAGUUUGUGCAGGAAUCUGUCUCUCUUGAAGGACCCCGGGAUCAUUUACAUUGCACUAGGGGUAGCUGCUAUUUGACUUUUUCUUUAUUGUUUAGUGCCAGUGAAAUACACUGUCCUGGCAGUGCUGGAGACUGGGCUCCUGGGGCCAUAAGAGGCACAAAACGAGCUUCCUCAUUUUGCCCUCCAACAAAGAGCCUCAGCUAAGAUGGAUGGGAAUUGCCUAAACAGGGGGUCUGGUUUGGAGUUGCUUAGAUCCCAAGGGGCUCCAUCAGUGAAGGCCUUGACACGAAGCUGUAGGCAUUGAAGAUAAUUCAGAAUGAAAUGCAUAAAUGUUAAAUGCUAAGGUUGAAAAACAUAUUCCAGUUCCAAACUCUUUGCUGUGGCUUACAGUGCAGAGCUUUGGUUCUCUCAAUCAGACAAAGAAAAUGGAUGGAACAAAAUGUGAUGAGACAGGCAAGGGAGUCACGUGAAGCAUUAGACAUGAGGACAAACAUUACUAGAGAACUACAGUUGGAGUUGAGAACUUGAUUAUAAUUUGAGAACCCAGCACAAUACCACAGGAUUUAAAUGGUUUAAUGUAGAAAGUGAGUUGCACCUCUGACACUACGGAAGAAGAUCCCAUAAGAGACUUAGUGUUGCUGCAGCUGAUUCAAGAAUUCAAGCAUCCUCAAGCAGAGUGCCAAUGGGCAAUGGAGAGAGCAGGCAUUAUCUGUCAGUGGACGUGGCUGCAGGCUCAGAUCUCUGACCUGGAGUAUCGCAUAAGGCAGCAGACAGAUCUCUAUAAGCAACUCCGUGCCAACAAGGGUCCAGUUGUCCUUGCUGGUGAUCAGCAGCCUGAAGAUUUGAUGAAACAGCAAGGCCGAUUAGGUUCUAUAUCAGUGGUGAAUUCCAGAAGAAAUAAGGGACUACCACAUUCCUCCUCUUCCAUCCAGAAGGUCCCUUCUGGAGAGAGACCGUGUGAUUUGUCGUCCUGCAUCCCUUCCUACUUCAUGAACAAUGCGGAGAAACUGAGGUCUCGUCUUACACAGUCUUUAGGAAGCCCUAUGUGUCAAAGUCCCUCCUGUACCCCCAUCAGUGGGUCUCCAGGACCCCCAAAAGCCUGCACAUCACCCCACCAAGUCAACGGAAAAAUUUACUGUUUUCACACAAGCCGCUCCAACAGCAUUUCUCUGGCCAGUUUGGAAGCUGAAGAGAUUCUCAAACAGAAACGACUGGAUAGCCUGGCUACUGUGCCCUCUGUACCAGACAACAGCUGUGUUGCAGCUAGAAUCCGCCCCAUUUGCAGAUACAAGAAACGCAAGUUGGUCCGAGCUAACACUGUGUCUCUCCUUAGCAAGAAGCCGCAGAAACCUCUCACCAUGAAGUGUAGCUGUGAAUUGCCCAGCACUUGUAUCCUGUGUGGUUGUAAAACCUCUGUUCAGGCCAUAGACCCAGACACUAUGUCCUUAGAAGAGCGUAUAGCACUGCUGGAUUCCGGCUUCCAUCCCAUACUGUCGUUCUCUCAUGACAAGCCUCUUCACUUGCACUUUGAAACCUUACUAAAAGAUGGCAGGCAGCGUAGAUUGAGCCAUAAGCUCAAGGCUCUGAAGAUGUCCCAUUUUGGAAAGAAGUCACAAGAUCUAACCAACGUUUUCCCAAAGCUAGGCCUGUCACUUCUCUCUGCAUCCAGUUCAUUGUUUAAAGGGGAGAGGCAGUUUAAAGGAACAGACAAUCACAGCUUGCUUGUUCCUGGUUCUCAGACACAUAAACAUAGUCCUUUGAUGCACCAUCUACCAUCUUUGUAUCUAGAAACUCCUCCAGCCCCAUCUUCCAGCCAGUCCCCUUCCACUGCUAAUUCAACAAUGGUAUCCUCAAAGAAAAGAAAAGUGGAAUGUUCCUAUGACAUCAAUAACAUUGUGAUCCCAAUGUCGAUGGCAGCAGCCACACGAGUGGAGAAGCUGCAGUACAAAGAGAUUCUAACACCAAGCUGGAGAGUGGUAGAGCCCAAAGAUGUGGAGCCACUGGAUCAUAUGGACUCUGAGCUGGAAGACACUUCUGAUGAGACCUAUCUGAACCAUCACACCAAGUAUGAGGAGCUUGAACGAGCCCGAUGGGAUUCGUGGGCAGCAGCUGUUUCCCACAAGCGAGGAAACAGGUCCUCCAACAAAACAGAUGGUCAAUGGACACCUCAACCAGCAUCUCCAGAUCCUGGAUUUAAUUGCCUUAAUGACCUUCUCUAUGUGCACCCUUCUAUGGGAUCUCUCAGCCCUGAGCCUUUUAACAUUCUGCAACCCCUCUCUAUAAAGAACAGGACUAGAGUGCCGCUGUCCUGCACUGAGAACACCAGAUUCUCCCCAGAAAUACUAAAUGAAGUAAUACAGAGUGUACAACCUUGGGAACCACGUACAUUUCCCCUUUCAGACACAGCAUACCAGGCUCUUCUGGAACAGCCAAGUGAAGAUGGCUGCAAGCAGUCAGGAGACUUUCAACAGUGGGACUCUAGCAACAAGCAGGGUAUCAGGACUAACAGUAUAGACUCUGGCAUAUCUAACUCCAGGGAGCCACGUGUUUCAGAUAUGGACCUGCAAACAGAGGGCACCAGAAGCUUGGAGGUGUUCACAGACCAGCAAUGCUUCCAAAGAAGGCUGUUCAACAACAGAUGAACACCUGAUUUAUGUGAUGUGUUAUGAUAGGCACAUACUUUAUUUCAGAAUCAAAAGUUUGGGUGAUGAGCUGGUUCAGAGAAGCACUGGCAGUGAAUGGUGCUGCCAUGCCUGAGACCUAGGUUCAGCAGCAGAUUUUGGGCUCCCACGUCCCCGGAUUGGGAAGAGUUGGGCACACUGCAGAAAUAAGGUGCUGGACCUCUGAGAGGACCGUGCUGUCCAGAGAAAACAACUUCUGGUUUACUCUGGAGAAAAGGGAUCAAUUGGCCUGCUGGCAAGAAGGUUAGGGGCUGCGACUGUUGCAGCAGCCCAGGAUAAUGCAGAGAGAGAUGGUGGGUUAAAAAACAAACAAACAAAAGAAUGAAGAUCAAACAAUAGAGAGGAAACUAAAUUGGCUGUUCUAACUUUAAUUGUUCGAUAUUCAAACAUCUGUAUCUUGAAAGGGUGCCCCCUGGCUGCACAUCCAGUCUUCAGUGGCUUUUUGUCUAGUGUGUCAUGGUGGAGCAGGAAUAGGAACAGAUUUCCAAGAGAUCAACUGAUAAACACCUGAAAAGGUAUGGGAAAGUCUAACAGUGCUACAUGGCUUUUCUUUUUAAAUGCAGCUAUGAAAGCAAAUCCUUUCUUUAGAGUAUGUGAAAAACAGGUUCCCUUGGCCUUGCACAAAUGACAUUUGUAUCAAUUGCCUUCAAAUAAACUACAAAUCAUUUUCAUGCUGUGGAUGUUUUCAUUUAUUUAGUGUAUAUUCUCACUGUAAUGAAACUGACAGGAUGGAUGGAGAUCAAUCUUUAACUUGUUCACGGCUUUUUCUCAGUUGUUCUCUAUCAUGGAUCUUAGCUGGCAAACCACUGUAAAGCAAAACUACUGGGGAAAGAAAAUACCAUAGAUUCAUUGUACAGAGGGGGGGCACAGUUCUCAACUAUCAGAUGGUAGGAAGGGUGUUGAGCCAUUUUGGGGGAGCCUUUCUGGAAAAUGAUGGGUCAGAAAGCUGCCCUUCCAGAACAUGUAGUACUUUUUAAUACCAACAUUUAGAAAGGGGGCUUGGAAAUGUGUUAAGGUAACACAGUGGUAACAUUCAACUUCAUUUGACAUGCAUCCUCCUUUUUACUUUCCCACUUCGAAUCUCUGCCCUUUGCAGAUGGUAUGUUUACAUCCCAGGACCAAUGGAACUAAACAUUUAGCCCACUUUUUUUUUUAAUGAACCAGUUUGAUAAAUAGUUUACUCAUUGUGCUGCCAUUGUAAAUCGUCUAUAAGGUCAGUAUUUCUAAGUUAUUCCUGGAUAGCUGGACAUCAUUGCUCUUCUGAGUUUCCAAUGGUGUCCUUGCAGGUAUUCUUUCUUCUCCUGAGCUGGGACAUUCAGGAGGAAAUAGAAAUAUAGGAAAGCAAUGGUCAAGGCAGGGACUGUAUGUAUGUACAAUGGGAUCCAGAUCCUGAUUUGGGCCUCUGAAUGGUUCUGUAAUAAAAGUAUUAAAUAAAAUAGUCAAAUAGAAGGGCUGCUGUACUGAAAUUUUGGAGGGUAAACUUGGAUGAGUAAACAGUAACCAUGUUCCAAUACGUCUGUUAGCCUAUAAGAUGCGACAGGACUCUGCUGCUUUUUACAGAUCCAAACUAACACGGCCACCCCUCUGAUACUGUUUAAAAGGCAGCCCCACGGCCUACCAGCUGCACCAAGCAUAACUGGCCUUGCAUUUAACAAUGCAGUUGCAUCCUAUCUGGCAUCUAAUGGGCAGGUCAUUGAGAUCUGAUGGAAUCUCCAUAGCCGCUGUAAUGGGCUGUAAGUGGCAGUAACUCACUUUGUUCCAGAAAAGCAGCAGAGUGAAUAUAAAGGCAAUGAGAAGAGGGAUGGCUAAGGAAGCCUCUGGGGAAACAUUGUCACAUUUAAACCCAAUUCCCCUUUCACACAUUUUGUCCCCAUUUUGGUUGGUUUGAAAAUGAGAAAUGUGAAAUUCUGAGAAACCUAAAAUCCAUCCUGUCAAAUUCAUAUUUUUUUUCAUGACUUGAUUAUAAGCAACAAUCAGAAACAUUAAGUAAGUUCUCCCACAGAGACUGUCAUCUUUUGUGUAAUUGCUCUAUGUGUACUUUUCUCCCUGUCUUUGGCAUUUUUAUUUUUGUAUUUUGAGCAGAUGGAUGUUCUAUGGAUGAAGAAACAUAUUAGCAAACUCACUCUGGGACCAUUUAUAGGGGCAAAAUCUGCUUGGAAAGAUGUUUCACAAUAAUGACUUCAAAGCACAUCUGACUAAAUGCUAUGGUUAUGAAAGCAAAAUAAAAUGUGAGGCUUAUAGCAA